UGACGUGCGAGUGUGUGUGACAUGUUUCGUCGAUAUUAACUUCAUGAUAGCCAGUAUCCUAAAAAGAAGCUUGUAGUGAAAUAGGGUCACUAUCAAGAAACGCAAUUCGAUGCAUAGUGGUAAGAUAUUCUGUCUUAAAUUCUCUUCCGUGAAAUCACUUACGGAAAAUAAAAGUAAUGAAUUAUAUUUCCACAUUAACAGAACGUUACAUUUAUCUAUCGCUGUUCACAGAAUAGAUAUCGUAAAUUUAACAACUCGAGAAUUCGUGCUCUUUAAUAUUAAAUUGUAGGAUAAAAACGGACACUUAAACGUUUAAAAGUUGGCGGGUAUUUGAUUAACCUCUUGUACGCACGCGCAUGGUCAUUUUUCCGUUGGUGCGCAUGCGCAUGUAGUGUAGCCACUGUCGAUAUGUAGAAGCCAGUAGAAAAGCUGCAGUGUAGGUAAGACGUCGAGAACGAGAGGACGUUUCGACGAGUUCUUGCUGAUUUCUGCCGGUCGCCAGGAGUUCAAUUUUUGGAAAGGAAUCCUCAAAAUUGCGGUAAAUAAUAUAUGAUUGUCAAGAUCAUUUGUUUGUGUCAAUACUUUCAGAGCAAAAACAUUAAAAGGAUAGAGGGCACGUGUUUGCAAGGACGGGUCGUCCGAUUUUCGGCGGGAAUAUUUUAAGAGAAAGUCACCCGCAUAAAAGAGUUCAUGCUAUUUACCGGCUUCAAGGACUUAUAAAUUUACAUUAGCCGACUUAGGUUGGUGUGGCACUUGUACACAUUUGUCUGUGAUUGACGAUAAAAAUGGCAGAAACAGCGACUUUAGGAUGGGUAGAUUAUUUGGUCAUUGGUGUGAUGCUGUGCAUCAGUGCGAGUAUUGGUAUUUACUAUAGGUUUACAGGAGGACGUCAAAAAACCGUAGAGGAAUAUUUUAACGCUGAUAGAUCAAUGAGCGUUUUACCUGUUGGAAUAGCUCUUGUGGUAUCGUUUAUGUCUGCUAUUACCAUAUUAGGAGUGUCUGCUGAAAACUAUGCGUUUGGAACGCAGUUUGUUGUUAUAAACAUAGCAUAUUUAGUAGGAAUACCGAUCAUAUGUUAUGGAUUCCUUCCUGUAUUCUUUAAGCUCCAAGCAACCAGUGCAUAUGAGUAUUUAGAAAAACGUUUUGGUGUUGGAGCAAGAUUAGUAGCAAGUUUUGCUUAUUGGAUUCAAUUGUUCUUGUAUUCUGGUAUUGUUCUUUAUGCACCUGCUCUGGCAUUGGAGGCAACAACAGGUCUUUCCAAAAAUGCAAGUAUCCUGAUCGUUGGACUGGUCUGUGCCUUCUACUCUGGGAUUGGUGGAAUAAAGGCUGUGCUAAUGACCGAUGUAUUUCAAGGUAUACUCAUGUUCCUUUCUGUACUUGUUAUAAUCGGAACUGCAGCAAAAACUGUUGGUGGUCUCGAUCAGAUCUGGUACAUUGCAGAGAAAGGUGGUCGUAUCGAGUUUGACAGUUAUUCAAUCGAUCCUACAGUUCGGCAUACUUGGUGGAGUCUUCUCAUCGGGGGCUUAUUCACCUUCUUGUCUUUAUUUGGGGUGAACCAAGUCCAAAUACAACGAAUGAUGACUGUAAAGAGUUUGAAGGCAGCUCGAUUAACACUGUGGAUAAACUGGCCCAUUCUGUCUUUACUUUCGAUACUAACGUGUUUUUCCGGACUCGCAAUUUAUAGUAAAUACUACAAUUGCGAUCCCCUGACUCAAGGCAGAAUUAGCUCUAUAGACCAGCUUAUGCCAUUAUAUGUAGUGGACACGAUGUCCCACUUACCUGGAUUACCUGGUCUGUUUAUAGCAGGUAUCUUCAGCGCAGGUCUUAGUACCUUAUCUGCAGGUUUGAACUCCUUAGCUGCCGUUACAAUAGAAGAUUAUUUCAAGCCAGUCUAUGAAAAAUUCGCCGGCAAAGAAUUCCCACCAUUAAAGUUAACUCUUCUUGGAAAAGUAUUUGCCUUCGUCUUUGGGCUGAGUUGCAUCGCGUUAGCGUUCCUAGCUCAAUAUUUAGGUGAUAUUUUGCAGGUCAGCUUGACCAUCUUUGGAGUAGUAGGCGGUCCACUUUUAGGGAUCUUCACUUUAGGAAUGGGCUUUGAAUCGGCUGGACAGUCUGGAGCGAUAACAGGAUUAAUGACUUCUUUGGCAUUUUUGUUGUGGAUAGCUUUUGGGACGCCCAGGCCAACUAACGAGUUGUUGCCUCUAUCCGUAGCGGGUUGCGAAAUCAAUGACGCAAACAGCACGUUAUCAACACCGACAUUGAGUCCUACGGACAAUGAAUCCUACUUCUACCUCUAUCGAAUCUCCUACAUGUGGUAUGCACCAUUAGGGUUUUUAAUAACGAUCAUCGUUGGACUGGUUGUCAGUAACUUGGUGUAUCUUUGCUCGGGGCGAGAAAGAGUGGAGUGCGAUCCAGAUUUGUUUUUCCCCUUUGUGUCUACGCGACUCCGUCGGAAACUUCGGCUGAACACCGAGAGCAAUGGUCACCAAAUCCCAAGUAUAGUUUUGCAGAGAAAGUACACAUUUGAUGAUGACCACGAUGUAUCCCAGAGGGACCAAGUAGCGAGCACGGUGGUUUAGCGCACUUUUAAGACCUUUGUUGUCGAUACUUCGUUAAUGUGUAUGUGCGUUUGAUGCAGUUUACAUUUUCACAUUCCGUACUUAGAACUUAAUGUUCAGUUUCGUGGAGUGUUCGGUAUUUCACCGGCUAAAUUUACUGGAAUGGCUGUAGCAGUUACAUCAGAGAUCUCGCGUGCUUCUGCUUGAAGUUCAUCUUAACAUAAAUAUUUUCAUUGUGAUAGGUCUAUCGGUACCUAAUCAUGUGAAUUAACAUAUCUUGUCUUUUCCAUGGCGUUCGAAAAGACAGCUCAAUUAAUCAGCUGCAUGAGCCAAUGUUUGCUGAGUAACAAUUUCGUAAUUUCCGAGUACUACUGUAUACAUUUAAUUAUUUAUUAGUUUUAUUGUAGCCCGACAAUCUUUCCACAUCUCUCGAGAUAAAAAGGGAUAUGCUUUUUAAAGUCACAUCCACGUGCGUAGACUUUUUACAAGCGAUUGCCCGGAAUGAAGCAAUUGAUAAGGGAUUCUAGAAACAUCCAUCAAUAUCUAAGAAUGUCUAUGACGUUCAGAAGUCUCGAACAGAGCGCUUAGUAAAAUUCUCGAAUCAUUUGCAUCUGUAGCUAAUCAAUAUUCGGCAAUGUAAGAGCGAUUAGAGUUUCGUUCUGUGUUAAAGUGCGCUUCAAAUUAACAAGCGGGGUUGUUUUGGUGUAUAAAAAAGAUCACUAUAGUGUUCUUAAGAGGAUAUGAAACUGGCAACUGAAGGGUCAAUCGUUCAUGAAACUUUUCCACGAACUGGGUGUAUCGAA